AUGUGGUAUUCAUCAAUAGUUUAUGUUAUUAUAAUUUUUUCAAUUAUCCAUCCAUCUAUAGAAGAUUUAUAUGAUUGGGCAAAAUUGGUGACAUUGGAGUUUCACAGAGAUCAAGCAAAACGUCAAUCAAAUUAUGCAAUAUUACAAAUGAAGAAAUCUAUAAAAGAAAUGAUUGAUAUAAAAUGUAAAUUCAUUAUUCAAUGGAUUGAAUAUUUACUAUCUAUUUAUAUAA